GGCUAGAGCCGAGCCGCCCUCUGUUGCGUAGCGUAACCCGAGUGCGGCGCGGCUUCCUCCCAGUCCCAAUCGUAUCGUCUCCCACGGGCACGAGCGCUACGGCAGCAGCGCGUCUCUCUCUUCCUCUUCCGGUGCUCGUGCUCUCCGCCCUCCGCCUCCCUCGCGCGGAACCCAGGCGGCCCCCGCCGCAGCCGCAGCUACGCAAAGGCGAAUGGUGGCACUUUUACAUUACCUAUGCUAGUUUGCCUCAUGCUAUAUUUCCAAAAUGGUGAAGCUCACUAUGAUAGCACGUGUCACUGAUGGCCUUCCAUUGUCAGAGGGAUUAGAUGAUGGUCGGGAUCUGAAGGAUGCUGACUUCUACAAGCAGCAAGCAAAACUGUUGUUCAAGAACUUGUCAAAAGGGCAGCAUGAGGCAUCAAGGAUGUCAAUUGAGACUGGACCAUACCUUUUCCACUACAUCAUUGAAGGCCGUGUGUGCUAUUUGACUCUGUGUGAUCGUUCUUAUCCCAAGAAACUUGCAUUCCAAUAUCUUGAAGAUCUCAAAAACGAAUUUGAGAAAGUCAAUGGCAGUCAAAUUGAAACUGCUGCAAGGCCAUAUGCAUUUAUUAAAUUUGAUGCAUUCAUACAGAAGACCAAGAAACUUUAUUUGGAUUCCAGAACACAGAGGAACCUUGCCAAGCUGAAUGAUGAGCUCUACGAGGUGCACCAGAUCAUGACUCGCAAUGUUCAAGAAGUUCUCGGUGUCGGUGAAAAACUAGACCAGGUGAGUGAGAUGUCAAGUAGGUUGACCUCUGAUACUAGAAUCUAUGCAGACAAGGCGAAAGAUCUCAAUCGCCAGGCCUUAAUACGUAAGUAUGCCCCCGUUGCUAUUGUGAUUGGGAUAGUACUGAUGCUCUUUUGGCUGAAGAACAAGAUAUGGUGACUUGGUGCAUCCCGUGCUUCCUGAGUUGCCUAUGUUGAUCCUGGUUCAAAAGAUGCUUCGAUGGCUUAUCCCGCAUCUGCCGAUUCAAGCGAGUACUUUAGCUGUCAAAAGCAAAACCGUGGUAGUAGAUAUUCUUGGAAUUGCGCAUUUCUAUUGACCUGAUCUGCAUAGCAGUAUGAUAGUUUUCGUGAGCGCACCAUGUAAGCGUCGGAAAUUUAUUCAGGUUGCUGACACACUUAAUGCCAUGUGUUGUGACACUUUGAGCACAAAUUAUUUAUUUAACAUGGCGGGUGUGCUGCUGGAGCCUGGAGGCAGGCUAUUUCCAUUUACAGAUGCACAAUCUGUUCAA